GAAAGAAAUUGUCGGAGAAGGAAGGAAAAUAAGAAUGGAAUAGUCGCUGUUGUUAGAGAUCCAGCGAACUCAUGGCUAAUUCUGAUGGUUCCAAUUUUUUGGCUGAGGAUGGGAAUAUGCAAAAUGGAAAAAAAAAAGAAUUCCAAAGUGUUCCGAGGAAAUGGGACAUACAUGACAUUGGGCCAAUUCUCCGCUGCUAAAAGAAAAUAACUUCACAGAAUCUCAAGGGUGCUUCAGGUGACAUAUCGUUGAGUGGUAGUAUCGGAAUAGCAAGGGUUGGGACCUCAUCUCCAUUGGAGAAAUCUGGUUCCAAGGAAAAGAGAGAGGCUGAAGAAGCAUCACUUGGGACUUACAAUUUAGACUUACAGUUUGAUGUCUUCUUUUGUUAUCUUAUUUCAGUCAAGGCGUUCGAGACUUGUCUUUGCAACAACAGCCCCUCCAACCAGCAGACCUCAGAGUCAUGGCCUUUUUAAUGUUUGGUACAGCACUGGCGUGGCAGUACCAACUGGAUUUGCUCUCUCGUAAGGCUAUGCAUGUGAGUUCUCAACUCCAGCCUUCACAGCCAAGGCUCACAUCCAGUUCUCAAAUCCAGCCUUCACAACUCAAUUUGGAGGCUCUAGUGUUCUCAUUAGAUGAAGUUCACAUAGGAGAGGUUGAAGAAGACAACCAUGACCACCAUCAGGUUGAUGCUGACACAAUCACUCUGCAAGACGAGAUGCCCAGGAUCACAGAGGCUUCAUAUGAGAGAUUUGAGGAUCUUGGAGGAGAACAGGGAGGAGAGAGCGAUGUUCUAACUCUGCAAGACCACAUACCGAGAACUACAGGUGACUUCUACGAAAGAUUUGAAGAUGUUGGAAGAGGACAGAGUGAUUUUGUACGAGGACGAGAGGAGGAAGCAGACCGUAUCCCUGAUUUUGGACCUGAUUUUGGACGAGAUGAAGGAGACAGUGUCUCUGCUGCUGGAGGAUCAGAGGGGGGAAACAGAGAUAGAGUCUCUGCUUCUGGUGUUUCUGAGGGAGAAAACAGAGGCCGGGACUCUGCUCUUGCAGGAGAAGGAGGAGAUCCAGCAACUAACGUCCCAGUCUCCAAUAAACGCAAGCGCACCAUCAUUGACAAGAAUAAACAAGUCAAAAUAGAGAAGCUUUACAGAGUAAAAAAAAGGCAAAAGCGCAGCAUAGCCGAAGCUAAGAGAGCCAUGUACAAAUUUUCAGGAGAUGUGGAUUCUUGUUCUCUGAUAUUCCGUCAGCCUCUGAUAAUUUGUCAGCCUCCAAACCUGAACGCGCAAGACCGAAACCUGCAUGAAAGGGAGAAUCCAGAAGACCUUAACCCGCAUGAAAGGGAGAAUCCAGAAGACCUUAACCCGCAUGAAAGGGAGAAUCCUGAAGACCUAAACCUGCUGCUUGAAAGGGAGAACCUGCAGGAAAGGGAGAACCCAGAAGGCCUAAACCUGGAUGAAAGGGACUGGUAUGAUGAUGGAAUAUUUGAAUUUGGAAGCUCUUCCAGCCCGAACAGAUUUGAAGUCGGAAGUUCUUCUAACUUACCGAGUGAAGAAGAUGUGCGUCCUUGUACAGAUGGACCUGAGUGGGGUUCUAUGUUUCAAUUGCACAGGGAGAUAACACUUCAAAGACCUGAAGCCCUUUGGUUAUUCACUUCGUACUUAGCGUUAUCUCAUCUAAAAUUGAAAUACCGUGGGCUUGGAUACAAGCCACUCCUGGAGAUGGUUUAGGAUGUGCCAAGAGAAGGCGAAGAGUUUGGUGACAUUCGAAUUAGAGUGAGACCACGAGGUCCAAAUGACCUACUACCACCAGACGUAGACUCUGAUGAUGAUGGUGCUGAUCUGGGAGUAUACACUAGCAAGAAGAAGCAGAAUGAAGCAAUGGAUAAAGGGUACUCUGCUCCUGAUGCAACUUCUCAUCCAGCCGAUGAUGCAACUUCUCAUCCAGCCGAUGAUGCAACUUCUCAUCCAGCCGAUGAUGCAACUUCUCAUCCAGCCGAUGAUGCCACUUCUCAUCCAGCCGAUGAUGC